ACAACUGCUGUUGUUGGAUACACGUAGUCACUUGAUAAGCGUCUACGUUAGAAAAAAUUUCUUCGAUAGGGCUGUAAUGUCAAGAACGGUCCACUCUUCUUGGCUGCAGACACCCUCGGUCGGCGAACUUACGGCGAAUGAUGCUAAAGCACCUGCCUCGCGACAGCCCCUCCUGCUAAGGAAAUACACGCUGACCCUCCGCUCAGAAACAAGGCCAUGGCGAUAAGGAAUGCUAGAAGGUUAUUAUUACUGGCCCUGUUCUUGUCUACCACGUCAUGUCCGGCCGAUUCUCUUCCUUCGACGUGCCGCCCCGAGUACCAGAAACUGCCAGGUGGCCUGGUACACACCGCCUGCAAACCACCCAACGACAACUGCAUCUUCGUCACUACUGGACUCAGCAUGGCAGAAAAGGCCGAGGUGCUGAAGGCCCACAAUGACCUUCGGUCCCAGGUGGCGCAAGGGCGACUUCCGGGGUUCCCCACCGCUAGAAACAUGUACCGCAUGAAAUGGGAUGACGACCUAGCACAGGUGGCCCAGGCGUUCACCAAUUUGUGCGAUGACAGGCACGACAAAGAAGCGCAGCGAAAAACAUCAAAGUUCCCGAAAGUGGGUCAGAACAUCGCCUGGAAUUACGAGCCGACGCAGACGCAAGUCGUCGACAGCGCCGGCCGCGUGAAGGACUGGUUCUCGGAAUACAAGGACUUCAGUGCGGCCUACGUCGAUCCUUUCCACGUUAAUCCUGGCCCCGUGGUGACUCACUUCACGCAGGUAGCAUGGGCAGACACAGGUUACAUUGGAUGUGGUUAUACGCAUUACAAGCUUCGAAACGACGAUAACACCAGGCUCCCCUAUAAGAAGCUCUUCGUAUGCAACUACGCCCCAGGUGGUAAUGUCAUCGGCAGAUCUAUGUACAAGCUAGGAGCAGUUUGCAGUGCGUGUCCAGCGGGAACAGUGUGCGACGCAGCCGCCGGUCUUUGCUAUACACCUGGAGAAUCGGACGGCUUGGACGACAGUGCUGGCAGCACCGGUUCACAGUGGGGUAUCCUGGCGUUCUUCCUCCUGGGAAUUUUCGCCACAGCUGCUGUUGCUGUUGGAUUACUUUACGUGCGGUCGACGAUUCUUCGUCCUCCUCACCCGGCCCAACAGCAGUGCGCAAUGUAGGGGCCGUCGCCUGAGUUAGAGAAGAGAACGAUGAAAUGACUCCUUCGCUUUUGUGCCUACUCAUUUCGUGCACUGACUUUCACGAUCAUUUCCAUGCUCAUAAAAAAGCAUCUGGUGACCUCUCAUUAGCAUUACGAAAUAAUGGUUUCAACUCUACAAACACGGCAUUGUCAAGGUCAAAUUACAUCGGUCGCGAAACUUCGAAGGAAAAUUUGUCGAAAACCUAUUGCCACAGAUAUCAAUGCACGCCGUUUUAUUCAAGCGCGAUUAGGUGAGGAGGGGACGAAUAACUAAAGCCAAAAAUUCAAUGGAAUUCUUUUUCGAAUACUCCCAUUUUAUAUAGGUCAAAGCAAACCAGAAUUUUAUUUCACGGGUUAUCUGGCACUUAACUAAAUAGUAGAAUGCCUCAUUGUUUUGGUCGAGCGCCAUAAAUGGGGGGCGUAUGCAGGCAGUCUGCUAAUGUGCACGUGUGGUUACUUCGGCGCAUUGUCGGGUCAAAGAUGCAUCGCUCACUCCUGCGCGGUUGUUCCAUGCGUAUCAUCCGUGGGUUAUUUAUUUGCGCAUGUGUAGGUUACUGGCGUGACACUCCAGAGAAGCGAGACUAUAUCUCACCAUAUGUGUAGAUAACCGCUCCUGUGACUGUAGACUGCUUUCGCUGGCGCACGACCGGCGGGUCCUCGCCUUUCGGGACGGUAACUGCGGCAAGUUCAGCGGCGGAAUGCUGUUCUGUAAGCUUGCCAAAGUGAUACUUUCAGGGCCGCUGUCUCGCUCCAGUGGUUUUCCUUGACAGCGCAAUGUGAGUUUUCGAACUAUUAGGCUAUU